AUGUCACUGAUUAACAAACUGCCAUUGCCGAAUCAAUUUCUUGGUGUACUUCCCCUAUACAUUGGAGUCGAAUUAAUCUUGGGUAUUGCAAUCCUCAACAAAUUAUCAGGGCUUUAUGGUAUUUUAUCAAUCUUCACAGGACACCCUUUAGAUUUAGUCCAAUGGUUAUUAUACAUCACUUCAAUCUUGAUAGUGCCCUGUUAUGCUAUUGGAUUUAGACAUAUUCAAAAACCUAAAAUUUUAGAAUUUGCACCAAUUUUAGUAUUAUACACUAUUGAUAGUUUGACUAGUUUAGGGUUUAUUGUUUGGUUUUUAGCAGAAUGGUUGAUUAAUGAAGAUGUCAAGAUUGAAAAAAUUGAAGGUGAAGAUUAUUCAAAAAGUGCAAGUCAAGGUUAUGAAUAUGGAUGGAUUUUUUUAACAACUAUUGGUAUUAACGUUUCAAGAGUUUAUUUUAAUUUAAUUUUGUUAAGUUUUUAUAAAAAAUUGAUUAGAUUUAAUAAAUUACAAGGGAUUGAAACUUUACAAAAUGGGGAGGAAUUAGAUUUGAAGAAUCAAUAUUUUUGGGUUAGAUGGAAUUAUAAAUUUCAAAAAGCUAGUUAUAAUUUUUUGAAGAAUAAGAUAUAA